AUAGAACGGAAGUGCUAGUGACGGUCACGGACUCAACGCAGGAAAUUCCAUGUUAUUCGAAUAAAGUGCAGCCGACGCAGAACGCAACAACAAAGUGUAGCCGCGCUGUUAAUAAAUAAUAAAAUUAUUUGCGGCAAGUGAUACAAAUUACAGCAGAAGGCAAUGUGCGUGUAAGGAAAUCAAAAUAUUUAUAACCAAUAAGAGAAAAAAUUAAAUAAAUAAAAAAAAAGUUAAGUGCUCAAAAAUGUGAAUAAAAAAGCGUAAGCACAGUGUUAAGUGUAUUGUGUAUAAGAAAAUGAAAUAAAAAAAUUUAAAAUUGUGUCUGUAAAUUAUUCAGUAAGCAUAAGAUUAUAAAAAUGCGUAAAGUAAGUCAAUAACAUAAUACCAACAACAACAACAACCACAACAUCAUAAAGUGAAAGGCAAUGAAAACAAAAACAUAAAAAAGUGUUGUACAAUACAGGGUGGAUUUUAACAAAAUAAAAUACAUACAACAAAAAAGAAAAAUGCGUGACAGCAACAGCCAUUUUUGAGCGCAGCUGAAUUUUCAAAAAAUAAAAUAAAUAAAUAAGAUGACAACUGCACAAAUUUUUUCAUCAUAAGGACCAGCUAUCAGGAAAAAAAAUAAAAUAUAACAAAACGACUACAACCAAGCUUGAACAAGUGAGCUAAAGGCAAGAAAAAAAAUAGAAGAGUUGAAAAGUUGGUAGACGACGAGUGCUGAAAAUAGCAAAGCGCAUACGGGACGAGGCAAGCAAAAUGGAUGUGAGGUUGCUGUGAAAAUGGUUGGAACGACGACAAUUGCCAGUUGUUGCAAGUAGCGCAGACUGUCAAAAACUUGUCAAACCAGCACACACAAGUGGCAACGCUCAAGCACCGACAACAGAUACGACAAGAGAAGCGGCACGAGACAAGUACAAGAAAACUAAGAAGCACAAGAAGAAAAAGCAGAACAUAACACAAACAAGUUUCAUUAUUUCCCUUCUUCACCAAAGUCGCUCUUUUUUUCUUGGGCGACAUGAAGAACAAAAGCAACUAAUAAAUCCAACAAAAGGAGCAAUACAAGCCGCACUCGAAUAAAACAUUAAGUGAAGGACAUUAAACCGGCAACUAACACGAAAAGGAACAUCAACCUGACCCAAAGCUACUUGAAGUCUGAUAACCCCAAAAAAGCAAGGCAGAAUCACAUAACAGUGAAUGAGUUUUGGGAAAGGUGUAGAAAACAGGGGUAAAUAACUUCUGGUUGAUGUGAAUAAAUAAACCGCAGUUGGAUACAUGUGAGCACAGUGAGUGUGCGAGGCAAAAAGUGGGCGCAUCAGGGGUGAGACACGUUUGCUUUUGUAGAAGCGCACUGAUUGUCUUCAAAUAAUGGAAACAAUAAUGUUGGCUUACUAUAUGUGGUCAUGUAGAUAGUACUAGAAUUUUUCAAAUACCAACAACAAAAAUAAGUAUCCAAGUGAGAGAAAAGCAAGGUUAUUUAGUCUAAAGUCUACCCUAUAAUCUUAUGCACACAACGCCAGAGGAGCGCAUAGAGGUGUGGUUAUCUGGUAUAUAAUAUAAUGUUGCCCAUGGCGUACAUUGUUUGCCUGAUUUAGCAUCAAGAAAAAGUCACAAACAGCAUAGCUGCAUCAGAAUUACUUAUAAAUGAACAAGUAAAAAAAAAAAACAAAACAAUUACCUCAGAAAAACCGCAAAAAAGAAACGAGUAGGCGAGCUCAAAUCAAAACAAGUUGCAGAUAACAAACAAAGUGGUAGAUAGUUAUCCAUAACAAGUGCAGGGAGGAAGUAAAAACAGCGAAUAAUGCGCAAGGACAAGGCGCAGCGGGCCGGCCAAAUAGCAGGCAGAAGCAGUCAGCAUAGUGAAUACCCAACAAAAGCACAAGUGUCCACCACAACAAUGCCACAGCAACAUCACAACGCGCCCAAGGCCGUUGCAACAAAAGCAACAUCAGCAGCAUCCACAUCAGCGCCAGCGCUGUCAGCAGUCGCCACAACAUCAGCAACAGCAAGCACACCCACAGCGUUUGGUGAGGACGGUGUUGACUUGAGACAUACAGACAGUAUUUUCCACGUAGCGCUACAACAAGAAAAACCCAAUCAAACAGUGAACAGCAGCUGCGGUGCACUGCUGUCCGCAACAGACAAAGUGACGCACAAAUUACAUGCACAACAAACAAUGAUGCCAAAUGCAGUAAGAGCGGAUGCAGCAAUUGAAUUGCCAGCAGCAACAGCAACAGCAACAACAACAAUAAAAUCAACAAACGUGCACGCUAGUCGCCUGCCGCCACUUGAUAACGACUAUGAUAAUAAGAGUAAGAACAAAAGCAGUAGCAGCAUAAGCAGUACGUUGUUGACACAGCAACCACAGCAGCAGCAGCAACAACAACAACAACAACAGCAAAGCAACAUAGUUACCACAAAAUCAUUGGCAGCAGCUGCAGCCAAAGCCAAAGACAGCAAACUCCACAAAUCAAUAUUUUUCUCCACGUUCAGCAAAUCAUACCGCUGGCCCGAUCCCAACAACCCCGACAACCGUAACUGCGCCACACUUAUCCACUUUCUCAAUGUUAUUAUUUUCAUGCUGUGCCUCAUUGCAUUGGGAUUGUCGCUGUACAGCAUUGACCGGCAUACGCGCAACGAACAUCGUUUGAGGCAAGUGUGGCAACUGGACGAACGAAUAAAUGCACUCGAGCAAAGGCUGCAAUUUUAUGAGCAACAACAGCAAAAGAAACAACAAAACGAUAAAAAUGUGGAAAUGCUGCUAAAUAACGAAGCAGAAAAUUUGCAUAAUCAGCUAGAAGAGCAAUCAAAGCAGCCAUUGCCUGUAGAUGUGACACAAACAUUGCACCGUUUGUCACGACAGGUGAACGAUUUGCAUCGUUUGCGUCGCGAUGUUUCGCAUUUGCAAUUAUCGCGUCGACAACAGCAACGCAGACAAGCGGCUCUGACGACGGCGACCACCGCCGAUGGAUUACUAUUUCAAACAACACAGCAAACGCAUUCGGGUGAAUGUGGUUGUACAGCAGGACCACCUGGACCACCAGGGCCACCAGGCAAACGGGGGAAACGUGGCAAGAAGGGCGAUCCUGGCGAAAAGGGUGAUCCGGGCAUAAAUGGCGUCGAUGGCGAGAAGGGUGCUGCGGGCAGACCGGGCGACAAAGGUCAAAAGGGUGAUGUUGGCCAUCCGGGCAUUGAUGUCUUUCAAACGGUGAAGGGUUUGAAACGAUCGGUAACCACGUUACAUGGCGGCACUUUAGGUUAUGCUGAAAUUGUUGCUGUCAAGGGUUUACAAGAAGCCGGUGUAAAUGUGUCGGCCGCCACUGUCAUACAACUGAAGGGUGAACCUGGCGAACCAGGUCCACCUGGACCACCCGGACCACCUGGUGAGCCAGGCGCACCUGGCUUGAAUGGCGGACUUGGUCCUGCUGGCGAAACUGGACCACCAGGAUCUGCUGGACCACCUGGCGAACCUGGACCGAUUGGGCCACCUGGCGCGCCGGGCAUAAUAGGACCUAAGGGCGACAAAGGCGACCGCGGUGAUCGUGGCCUUACAACGACCAUUAAAGGUGACGAAUUUCCCACCGGCAUCAUUGAGGGGCCACCAGGUCCAGCAGGACCACCUGGUCCUCCAGGCGUACCUGGCGAACGUGGUGAGGUGGGCCCAGCUGGACCAGCUGGUCCGCCCGGCGAAAAAGGUCCACGCGGCAAACGUGGCAAGCGGAUAUUCGGUCCUGGUGGCGCUAAGGAUGAAGACUACGAUGAUCCACCAGUACAACUGUUGCGCGGUCCACCCGGUCCGCCCGGCAUGCCCGGUAAGGAUGGUCGCGACGGACGUGACGGUGCUAAAGGCGAUGCGGGCGAACCCGGAGAGCCAGGUUCGUUGGGUCCACGUGGUUUGGAUGGCCUACCUGGUGAGCCAGGCAUUGAGGGGCCACCUGGCCUGCCUGGUUACCAAGGUCCCCCUGGUGAGAAAGGUGAUCGAGGCGAUAUUGGACCACCCGGUCUAAUGGGUCCACCUGGACUGCCGGGUCCACCUGGCUAUCCGGGUGUGAAGGGUGACAAAGGCGAUCGCGGUGAUUCAAAGUAUAGAAAAAUGCGUCGGCGACAAGAUGAUGGAAUGUCGGAUCAGCCCCAUAUGCCCACCAUUGAAUAUCUUUAUGGUCCACCAGGACCACCCGGUCCAAUGGGUCCUCCUGGUCAACCAGGCAAACAUGGAGAGCGCGGCAUGGAUGGUCGCAAAGGUGAUACGGGAGAGAAAGGCCAAAAAGGUGACCAGGGACCAAUGGGUUUACCGGGUCCUAUGGGUAUGCGUGGUGAUUCUGGACCAGUUGGUCCCUCAGGCAAAGCUGGUUUACCGGGCCCACCAGGUCUAGAUGGCAUGAAGGGCGCUCAAGGUGAAACUGGACAUAAAGGUGAACGCGGCGAUCCAGGAUUGCCGGGCACCGAUGGCAUACCCGGUCAAGAGGGGCCGCGCGGUGAGAAGGGCUCACGUGGCGAUGCUGGACCACCAGGAAAACGCGGACGCAAAGGGGAUCGCGGUGACAAAGGCGAGCAGGGCGUGCCUGGACUAGAUGCGCCCUGUCCGCUGGGCUCAGAUGGCCUACCAUUGCCGGGUUGUGGUUGGCGACCACCAAAGGAGCCUGUCAUCUCCACGCCCAUACACAAAGACUACCUACCCGAUGUAACAGCGCCUGAAAGCAAUACAAGCGACUAUGAGGCGGAAGAGGAAGAAGAUGAGCAGAAUGAGGCUGAAGAGGAAUACGAUGAAUAUGCAGAUAAUUUGCACAAUAAUGAUUGAAUAAGUGUACAAACACUAAAGAAUAGCAACGACGACAAUGCAAAAUCUCUGAAAGUUGCGAAACCAGCGAAUUAGCAAUCUGUAAAAAAAAUAAGCAGCGAAAUUCGCUUUUAAAUCACCCGCUUUAUAUGUAAUUAUAAUAUGUAGUUAUAGCGAAAAUAGUAAUUCCUUUAAUUUUGUCGUUAACCACAUUUUCUUUCACCUAAAGAGUUUAUACUUUUUAAUUAUUUAUUGUAUUUUUAAUUUUACUAAAUAAAAACUUAAUAUAAGCGCUUAGUUAAAAUAAUAUUUUGUAAGACUUAACAUUUCUUGUUGGAUUAUGGUUUAAAUUAACGCACUUAACAAAUCAAACUGACUCUGCAAAAGCAGUUCACUGUACCAACUGUACAGCUUACAGCACUAUCUUCAAAUUUUUGGUUGUGGAUUUACAAAACAUUCAAAAAAGAAAAUUGGCAGCAGUGGUUAAAGGAAGAACUAAAUUCCAUACAGAGGCCUGCACGAAAUUAAAAUUAGUCCAGCAGCAUUUUGUAUCAGAUUCUUCACAAAUUGUACUACUUCAAACUGCAACUAAUUUCAAUAUACAUACCUACAUACUUCAUCUGAAGUAUAAAACGAAAUCGAAAUGUUGUCUAAAUACGUAUAAAAAAUAACCAUCGUGCAGCAUUAAACCCAGAUGAAUCUCUAAAUCGACCUACCUGAUCGCUAUGCUCAAUUUAUUAGACUUAAUGACAAAUGAAGGGUUUAGAAUCAAAAGGAGUUAAGUAGAUCGGACAUUUUUUUUUUUAGAUAAUUAAGGUUAAAGUUGAUUACUUAUUGUAAAUUCUGGGUAAAUACAUUUGAAAUUAUUCUGGCCUAAAUGAAUGCAGGUUAAUUAACUUAUUCAGCGAAUGUUUACUCUUUGUCACCAAAUAAACACUAUGUUUAACUAUACAAAUAUGGGUAUAAAUUAUAUUUUCAAAAAAUGUCACUUAGACCCUUAUGAUUCUAACCCCUUCAAAUUAAAUACAGUUAUCAAAAACAACGAAAUACGGCUAAUUUGAAAUGCCAUGGAAGAUUUAUAUAGACAUAUGUAUGUAUGUAUUUACAUAUAAGCCUUUACAAAAUUAAUAUACAUAGCAAUACAAUGGUGCUGCAAUCAGUUAACACAAGCACAGAUAUGUAGCUUAAAAUAAAUAUUUGGUAUUUACUCAAUUUUGUGUAUUGGUACAGACCAAUAAUCUCAAAUGUUAGCAAUAAUAAUAAUAAUUACUUAUAUCUGUGCAAAUGUAUGCGCUGGUUAGUAUCCUCAUUCAUUACCGUUUUGUGGUAACAUUUAUAUAAUUAUUACGAAUUUUUGUUUAUAAGCGACGAUAAAACUGAUGUAAAAUCGUAUAAUAGUUACCAUUUUGCAAACCAAACUGACUAGUAAUGAAACAAUAAACUAAGUAAAUUAUUUUAAUAUGCAGUUAUAAUUAUGUGUACUUUAUUUUAUACGCAAAUAAUGGGAAUUAAAUAUAGACAAAAUACUAAUCAUGUAUGUAUCUAAAAUACUUCUUUUAUUGUUCGUAGUAUUUAGAUUUUUGGACAAUACUUUUAUAAAUAGAUUUUAAAUAUACA